GUCGUCUUCUUCAUAGAAACGUUAGUGUUAAGAAAGCUCGGUAUGGGAAGCUGUCUCUCGACUUCGACACCUCCGAACGAACCAAAUGCUCCCAUUAAGGUGGAAGAGGAGGGUGUGAAAGUAUUCACCGUGGAUGAACUGAAGAAAGCGACUAAGGAUUUUGGAAACAAGAUGGAAAUAGGAGAAAGCUUAAUAGGAUACAUCGAUCCAAAGACUUUAUCUCCGGCCAAGGAAGGUGUUGGCAUGGCCGUCACAGUUAAAAGAAUUUACUUAACCAAUAAACAAUCAUUGCAAGAUUGGCUUGUUGACCAAGAGUUUCUACGACUUAACCCUCAUCCAAGUUUGGUGAAGCUUUUUGGCUAUGGUACGGAUCUUGGUAUGUUGUUCAUUGUUUCUGAGUACUUCCCUAACGGAAGCUUAGAUCGUCACAUUUGUAGGGAGAGUCGUCCAAAGUCAUUGCCGUGGGAGACACGACUUAAAAUAUCAAUAGGAGCGGCUCAAUGUCUUGCGUUCUUGCACUCUACCAAGAAAGUUGGUCUCUACGGCACAUAUCUGACGGCUUCUAAGAUCAUGCUCGGUUUGGAGUUCAACGCAAAAGUUUCCUAUUUAGGACUCAAUAUACUACCUCCUCAUGAUGAAGAGAUGCAUUUCUUCCAGGCGGCCAGGCCCUUGACCGAUUUGUAUGAAAUGGCCGAGACUGAUUUCUUCUCGCAUGUAACUGAACCAAAACAGUUUCACUAUGCACCUCCAGAGUACAUAUUAUCAGGGAUGUCACACAUGGCGGGAGAUGUCUACAGCUUUGGUGUUAUCCUACUUGAGAUGUUAACUGGUUUUGGAAAGACUCGUAUAAUCAAGGCAAAGCGAGGUAUACGUAAUGACAAAGAAAAUAUUGUGGAGAUGAUCGAUCCAGAUUUAGAGAGUAAUAGCUAUCCUCUUGAAGCUGGAAGACAAAUGUGCAAGCUUAUAAGAAAAUGUCUUAAAGAGGACCCGGAGAAACGACCAUCUAUGCAACAAGUUCUAGAUAAACUGAAUGCUAUAGCUCAGAUUUGAAGAAGAUAAAUAAUGCUGUAAACAUUUGUUCCACUAUAAGAAAACUUAUAUAUCAUAGUGUAUGGCAUAUGCACAAAUACAUUUGUAUACAAAAAAAUUGCAUGAGAUUGUGAUUUUCAUUAAGGUUCAAACGUUA